UUAUAAAAGUAGAAAACGGACCAUCUGAUGUUUUCACUCGACAAAGUGUCGUUUAACUUCUAACAUUUAAAGACGUAUACAGUAUAUAAGACAACACAAAAAGCUUUAGAAUUUUGAGCAGAUGAAUUCUUAUACCAAAGCGUUCCUAAUAUUGUUAGGAAUACAAAAUACAUGUUGUUUCUUAUUAGAUACUGGUACAAUUAGCGAACAUAGAGACGGGUGGUCGGAUUGGAGUUGUCAACAACAAGGAGAUUUUUGCUUUAAAAGUCGGACAUGUAAUUCAACCGCUGAUUUCAAUUGCUCAAAAACAAGUGAAGUAACUGUUACAAACUGCCCUUGUGUUGCAGAUACUGGUACAAUUAGCGAACAUAGAGACGGAUGGUCGAAUUGGAGUUGUCAACAACAAGGAGAUUUUUGCUUUAAAAGUCGGACAUGUAAUUCAACCGCUGAUUUCAACUGCUCAAAAACAAGUGAAGUAACUGUUACAAACUGCCCUUGUGUUGCAGAUACUGGUACAAUUAGCGAACAUAGAGACGGAUGGUCGGAUUGGAGUUGUCAACAACAAGGAGAUUUUUGCUUUAAAAGUCGGACAUGUAAUUCAACCGCUGAUUUCAACUGCUCAAAAACAAAUGAAGUAACUGUUACAAACUGCCCUUGUGUUGCAGACACUAGUACAAUUAGCGAACAUAGAGACGGAUGGUCGGAUUGGAGUUGUCAGCAACAGGGAGGUUAUUGCUUUAAAAGUCGGACAUGCAAUUCAACCGCUGAUUUCAAUUGCUCAAAAACAAAUGAAGUAACUGUUACAACCUGCCCUUGUGUUGCAGAGUGGUCGCCUUGGGGUGGAUGGACCUGUCACAAAGACCAAGGUGUAUGUUUACAAUUACGCACUAGAUCUUGUGUAAGCGGAUUUAAAGAAAGUGAUUGUCUGUCGCUCCAAGGGGAACACUUUCAAGAGACUUCAUGUGACGAGUCUUGCAACAAUACUGGUACAAUAAGCGAACAUAGAGACGGAUGGUCGGAUUGGAGAUGUCAGCAACAAGGAGAGUUUUGCUUCAAAAGUCGGACAUGCAAUUCAACCGCUGAUUUCAAUUGCUCAAAAACAAGUGAAGUAACUGUAACAAACUGCCCUUGUUCUUCAGAUACUGAUACAAUUAGCGAACAUAGAGACGGAUGGUCGGAUUGGAGUUGUAAGAAACAAGGAGAUUUUUGCUUUAAAAGUCGGACAUGUAAUUCAACCGCUGAUUUCAAUUGCUCAAAAACAAGUGAAGUAACUGUUACAAACUGCCCUUGUGAUGCGGGACAUGAUUUUGUUUGACCUUUAUACUGAUCGUACUCCAAGUACAAUUAAUAUACUUACCAGUCCCGUUUUGUUUUAGACAAAUUCGACAAGGUAGUACUAUGUCGUUGAUAUAUAUAUCAAAAUACUUUCAUGUUUCAAAAU